AUGCUUUUGGCGGGAGGUACACAUUGUUUAUGUGUAGAAAGAUCAAAAAAUGAAAUUGUUUUAAUUAAUUUUGAAAGAAUUAAUAUAAUAUUAGAAGCCUGUGUGGCUGUGCCUAAAAAGAAUAAAAUACAGAUGAAAGAAAUUAGAGAGAAGGAAUUUGAUUAUAAAAGUGUUGGAAAGGAGUUAAUCCCUGAUAGUAAAGGAAAAAAGGAAAGAUCGCUUAUUAAAAAGAUAAAAGAUAUCCAGAUAAAGUAAUUUCAGGUCAUUCGGACUAUCUCACCGGACUUCCCCUCAUCUCUAAUUUCAACUACUACUGCUCCAACAACAAAAAAGACUCUACAUCAAAUUCAAUCUUCAAUUCAUCAAGCAAAAGAAUUAUUUGUCAAAACUUCAAUGCGGCACAAAAAUAGAAAUUAUUAUUUUCAUCACACUCUCAGACA